AUGGCUAAAGGCGCUAAAACCACUGGCCAAAAAAAGAAUGCUUCCGAUGCAAAGGUUGCUUCUCAAAAGAAGAGAACCGUUGACAGUCUCGAAAAGGCUGACAAAAUAGCCGAGCUCGGUGAGGAUUUCGGCGAUGAGCUGGGACUAGUUGCAAUCGAUGCAUCGGACUCUUCUGACAACGAAGAAGAUUCUGACGAAGAAGGCGAUGAAGAAGAACCAGUCGCCAAAGUUGCCGGUCUCGAUGGCGAAGAAAGUGAAGAGGAUAGUGAAGAGGAGGAACUCAACCGCCUCUUGCAAGAGGAAGAAGGCGAUGAGGACGACGAAGAUGAUGAAGAUGAUGACAGUGAAUACGACUCUGAGCCAAACUCGCUUCAUGACAGAAUCAGGGGUAUGAAAAUAAACACUAUCGAAGACUCGCAGGAAAUUCAUACCAAGUACUCUGAUGGUACACCUCGUAUCCUCAAACCAGAAAUUGAUCCAGUCUAUGACUCUGACGAUUCCGAUGCAGACAACUUCAACACAAUCGGUAACAUUCCUAUAAGUGCGUAUGAGGAGAUGCCUCACAUCGGUUACGACAUUAAUGGUAAGCGUAUCAUGCGUCCAGCCAAGGGCUCCGCUUUGGACCAACUCUUGGAGCUGAUCGACUUGCCUGCUGGUUGGACAGGUCUUCUCGACCAGAACACUGGUCAAUCUUUGAAUUUGAGCGAGGAAGAAUUGGAGCUCAUCCGUAAAAUUCAGAACAAUGAGAAUACUGACGAGGCCAUGAAUCCAUAUGAGCCAACUAUCGAAUGGUUCACCUCUAAGGUUGAAGUUAUGCCACUUUCGGCUGCUCCUGAGCCAAAAUCUAGAUUCAUGCCAUCUCAGCAUGAGGCUAAAAAGAUCAUGAAGCUCGUGAAGGCAAUCCGUGAAGGAAAGAUUGUCUCCUCCGAGAAGGCCAAGGAGAAGGAGUUUGAGGACAGACUUAACAUGGACCUUUGGGAGCAAGAAGGUGAAGAAAACAACCAUGUUAUGAACUUGCGUGCUCCUAAGCUCGCUCCACCUACGAACGAGGAGUCCUAUAAUCCACCAGAGGAGUAUUUGUUCAACGAGGAGGAGAAGGAACAAUGGUUGAAAACUGCCCCUUCAGACAGGGAAACCAACUUUAUUCCCCAGAAGUACGGUAGUUUACGUAAGGUGCCGGGCUACCAAGAGAACGUCAGAGAAAAGUUCGAGAGAUGUUUGGACUUGUAUUUGGCUCCCCGUGUUAACCGGACUAAAUUGGACAUCGAUCCUGAGUCCUUAAUUCCUGAGUUGCCUUCUCCUCAAGAUUUGAGACCGUUCCCCAUUAGAUGCUCCACUCAAUAUUUGGGCCACACUGCCCGAAUCAGAUGUAUCUCCAUCAAUCCUCUGGGUUUGUGGUUGGCUACUGGUUCUGAUGACGGUUCGGUGAGAGUGUGGGAGGUUCUCACUGGAAGAGAGAUGUACAAACUCCAGGCUGUCGAUGUUGAUGAGGAUCCAGAAGAUCGUAUCGACGCUUUAGAGUGGCACCCUGAUGCAAGCACUCCUAUUUUGGCAGUGGCUGUCGCUGAGAAAGCACUUCUUGUUGUACCACCAGUGUUCAAUUUCGAAACUGAAAACAAUGCUCGCGUGAAGAUCGAGGCUGGUUGGGGUUACGCUACUUUCGGAAACAAGAGAAAGGACACUGAGAUUAACGUGGAAGGUGAAGAUCUCGAGAACGAUGCUCCUUCCAAGUCAAAUGAGUCAGAGGUCAAGCAAAAGGAGGUUGCUCAAUGGUACACCCCCAACACCCAACAAGCUCAAGACGGUAUUGCUGCUAUUGUUGAAUGUAAAAAACCUAUCAAGAAACUCACAUGGCAUAGAAAGGGAGACUACUUCCUCACUGUCGCUCCAGAUGCCAAGAAUACCGCUGUUCUUAUUCACCAGCUUUCGAAGCAUUUGUCACAAUCUCCAUUCAGAAAGUCCAAGGGCAUAAUGGUCGAUGCUAGUUUCCAUCCUGUCAAGCCACAACUUUUCGUUUGCUCGCAAAGAACCAUUCGUAUUUACGACUUGGCACAACAAACACUCAUCAAGAAAUUGAUGCCUGGUGCUAGACACCUUUCGAGCAUUGACAUCCAUCCAAGAGGAGAUCACCUUUUAGCAUCUUCAUACGACAAGAGAGUCUUGUGGCACGACUUGGACUUGGCUGCAACUCCAUACAAGACCAUGAGAUAUCACACAGCGGCUGUUCGUUCCAUCAAGUUCCACAAGGGCAAAUUGCCUCUCUUUGCAUCCGCAUCAGAUGACGGAACCAUCCAUGUGUUCCAUGGUGCCGUUUACGAUGACUUCAUCACCAACCCAUUGUUGGUGCCGUUGAAGAAGUUGACCGGACACAAAGUCGUGUCGAGCAUAGGAGUUUUGCAAUUGGUGUGGCAUCCUAAAGAAGCAUGGUUGUUUAGUGCUGGAGCUGACGGCACUGCCAGACUCUGGACCACUUAA